UUUAGAUUAUUAUAUUAGGUAAUAACAGUCUAGGGAGUUCAGAACCUGAUGAGAUGAACUUCAUUGAUUCCAUAGUCAAUUGUAGCAAACUAGAAAAAAUAUAUCUUGCAUUCAACCAAUUGACUGGAGCUCUUCCUAGUUCUAUUGGCAAUCUCUCAUCUGAGCUAAUAACUUUAUCACUUGAUAAUAACUUCAUUUAUGGGACCUUGCCGUAUGGGAUUGGGAAUCUUGUGAAGUUAGAGGAAUUCUAUAUAAACUCUAAUCGGUUAACCAGCAUAGUUCCAAGUGAACUUGGUAAUCUACAACACCUUCUAUAUUUAGACAUGAGUGACAACUACUUCAACGGGAACUUACCAAAAUCUAUAGGAAACCUAUCGUUAUUGCUAGAGUUGACUUUGGCGGAAAACAGAUUAGAAGGACAUAUAUCUCCCAAUCUUGGCAAUUGCAGUGGUUUGUUGGCUUUGGACCUUUCCGUAAACAAUCUUACUGGCCCUAUACCCGCUGAACUUUUUCAGCUAUCAUCCCUGUCGAUGCUUCUAAACCUGUCUCACAAUUAUUUAGUUGGACCCCUUCCCCAAGAGAUAGAAAAACUCAAAAUUUUGGUGGCACUUGAUCUGUCACAAAAUGAUCUGGUUGGAUCUAUACCAAAUGCCAUCACAAGCUGCACAAGCCUUGGGUACCUAAAUCUUGGCGCCAAUUCCUUUCAAGGUCCGAUACCUUCCUCAAUGAGUGUUCUAAUAGGUAUCACCGACCUUAAUCUUUCCCGUAACAACUUCUCUGGACAAAUUCCAAAAUUCUUAGAGCAACUAAGCUUGUCUUCAUUGGAUUUGUCGUUCAACAAUCUUCAAGGUGAGGUACCGUUGGAAGGUGUUUUCAAGAAUGCGAGUUUGAUCUCGAUCCAAGGGAACAAUGGUCUGUGUGGAGGCCUUCCUGAACUUCACCUGCCCAAAUGUGUCAAAGUAUCAAGGUCAAACACAGGUUCUAGACCACCACAUGUUAUUCUAAUUGUCAUUCCAAUUUGCUCGCUUUUAGUUGUAGCAAUGUUUUUGUUUUAUCUGUUUUAUUGGAAAAGAAGGAAGGCACAAGCACAACCAGCAACAGCUUCAUACGUGCAACCAUUUUCAAGAGUAUCUUAUGGAAGCAUACUCAAAGCUACCAACGAAUUCUCUCAACAAAACUUGAUUGGGACAGGGGCUUCUAGUGUUGUUUAUAAGGGUAUUCUUGAACCAGCUGAUGGAAUGGUUGCUAUCAAGGUUUUAAAGCUUGGAAACCAAGGAGCUUUGAAGAGUUUCUUGAUGGAGUGCGAGGCUUUGAAAAACAUAAGGCAUCGUAAUCUUGUGAAAGUCAUCACUUCCUGUUCAUCCGUUGAUUUUCAGGGUAAUGAUUUCAAAGCUAUUAUUUACGAGUUCAUGCCAAAUGGGAAUCUUGAAAGGUGGCUACAUCCAAGUUUAGAACAAGAGGUUGAUUUCGAAGAAGCUCCUCCACAAAGAUUAACCCUUCGCCAAAGAGUAACGAUUGCAACAGAUGUGGCUCAUGCCAUGCACUACCUCCACCAAGAGUGUGAAGUACCCAUAAUUCACUGUGAUUUGAAGCCAAGCAAUAUCUUACUUGACAGUGACAUGGUUGCUCGCAUUGGUGAUUUCGGGCUGGCAAAGUUCCUACCAUUAAAACCACAUGAAAGCACUACAGUUGGACUAAGAGGGACUAUUGGGUAUGCACCUCCAGAGUACGGCCUUGGAGGUGAGAUGACAAAAGAAGGGGAUAUCUACAGCUUUGGGAUAUUGUUAUUAGAGAUGAUAACAGGAAAGAGACCCACAGACCGCAUCUUCAAAGAUGGAUUGAACCUCCGUGGCUAUGUGACAAUGGCUUUACCUGAUCGUCUAAUGGAGAUAAUUGAACCGACACUAUUGUCUGUCAUUGAGGGUGCAAAUGUCAACCAUGACGAUGAAGCUAGAAAGUGGAAGAUGUUGGAAAAAAGCAUGAUUUUAUUGGCAAGAACUGGGUUGGGAUGCUCCUUGGAAUCUCCGAAAGAUAUAAUGAACACAAGCAAAAUAAUCCAAGAGUUGCAUCACAUCAAUUGUCUCUUCUGAAGUUGUCUAAAAUAUGAUAGUGAGAUUAAAGACCAAGAGGUGUUGUUGCAGUUGGCUAGCGCGUAUAUCUCAUCCUAAGGUCAAAAAUUUGAGCCUCUUCAUAUAUCUUUUUGUGUUCCUUGAUGUUUUUAAAGUGUCUUCAUGUAAUACUACUGUAAUUAUACAGCCAUAACUGGUACUUUCUUGCAUUUUAUAUGCUCAAAUCCAUAUGAAUAAACUUUUCCAAUCAUUUCA